UUUCGCACCGGUUGUUUACAAACGUUUAGCAAGUUUUUCCUAAAAAUUGUGAUACCUAUUUCCCUCGAAUUUCCCGUGCUUUCCGGUUCCAACCUGCCUCAAACUGGUCGCAACAAGCCGAGCCACGAUGCCGAUAUCUGCGGGCGUUGAUUUGGCGGAUGUCUUCUUCAAUGAAGAGGACCUGCCGUACGAGGAGGAAAUCCUCCGGAACGCGUACUCGGUCAAGCACUGGAUGCGGUACGUCGAGCACAAGCGCAAUGCGCCCAAGUUCGUGAUCAAUACGGUGUUUGAGCGAGCGUUGAAGGAGCUGCCCGGGUCGUACAAACUUUGGUACAACUAUUUGAAGACGCUGCGGCGGCAGGUUAAGGGCAAGUGUAUCACGGAUUCGGAGUAUGAGGAGGUUAAUAAUGCGUUCGAGCGGGCGUUGGUGUUUAUGCACAAGAUGCCCCGGAUUUGGAUGGAUUACUGUGCGUUCAUGACCGGGCAGUGCCGGAUAACGCGGACCAGGCAGCUGUUCGAUAGGGCGUUGAGGGCGCUGCCGAUUACGCAGCACCACCGGAUGUGGCCGCUGUAUUUGCAGUUUUUGCGCAAGUUUGACAUCCCGGAGACGGCGGUUCGAGUUUGGCGAAGGUAUCUGAAGCUUUGUCCGGAGGACGCGGAGGAGUACGUGGAGUUUUUGGUGUCGAUUGGACAUUUGGACGAGGCGGCGCAGCAGUUGGCCAGCAUCGUGGACAACGAGAACUUUGUGUCGAAGCACGGCAAGUCGAACCAUCAGCUGUGGAACGAGCUGUGUGAGUUAAUUUCCAAGAAUCCGGACAAGGUUCACUCGUUGAACGUGGACGCAAUCAUUCGGGGAGGUCUGCGUCGUUACACGGACCAGCUGGGUCACCUGUGGAACUCGUUGGCCGAUUAUUACGUUCGAAGUGGACUGUUCGAUCGGGCGCGGGAUAUCUACGAGGAAGCCAUCCAGACCGUAACGACGGUUCGUGACUUUAGCCAGGUGUUUGACGCGUACGCCCAGUUUGAGGAACUGAGCUUGAGCAAAGUGAUGGAAGAGAUGGCCAAGAAUCCGACCCCGACUGAGGACGAAGAAAUUGACGUGGAACUUCGAAUGUCUCGCUUUGAAUAUCUGAUGGAGCGUCGGUUGCUGCUGUUGAACAGUGUCUUGCUGCGGCAGAAUCCGCACAAUGUGGCCGAAUGGCACAAGCGCAUCGAGCUGUUCGAGGGCAAGCCCCACGAGAUCAUCAACACGUACACGGAGGCGGUGCACACGGUUCAGCCAAAACUGGCCGUUGGCAAGCUGUACACGCUGUGGGUUGAGUUUGCCAAGUUUUACGAAAAGAACAAACAGCUUCCGGAUGCGAGGAUUGUGUUUGAAAAGGCCGUCCAGGUUGACUACUUGAAGGUGGAUGAACUGGCCAGCGUUUGGUGCGAGUGGUCCGAGAUGGAAAUCCGCGCGGAGAAUUACGACGAAGCGUUGAAGAUCAUGCAGCGCGCAACGGCGAUGCCCAAGCGGAAGGUUGCCUACCACGACGAUACGGAGACGGUUCAGAUGCGCGUUUAUAAAUCUCUCAAGCUAUGGUCCAUGUACGCGGAUCUUGAAGAGUCCUUCGGGACGUUCCAAACCUGCAAGCAAGUUUACGACCGCAUCAUCGACCUGAAGAUUUGCACGCCCCAGAUCAUCAUCAACUACGCGCUCUUCCUAGAAGAACACAACUACUUUGAAGAAGCGUUCAAAGCGUACGAAAAGGGCAUCUCCCUGUUCAAGUGGCCCAACGUGUACGACAUCUGGAACACCUACCUCACGAAAUUCCUCAAACGCUACGGCGGCCAAAAGCUCGAACGUGCUCGCGAUCUCUUCGAACAAUGCCUCGACGGAUGUCCCCCAGACCUGGCGAAAAACCUGUACCUCUUGUACGCCAAACUCGAGGAAGAUCACGGCCUGGCCCGUCACGCGAUGGCCGUCUACGAGCGCGCAACAACCGCCGUCAAGGAGGACGAAGCGUUCGCCAUGUUUAACCUGUACAUCAAGAAGGCCGCCGAAAUCUACGGAAUCCCGCGCACCCGCCAGAUCUACGAAAAGGCCAUCGAGGUCCUCCAGGAAGCGCAAUCCCGCCAGAUGUGCAUGCUGUUCGCCGAGAUGGAAACGAAACUCGGCGAAAUCGAUCGGGCCCGCGCCAUCUACGCGCACUGCUCGCAAAUGUGCGACCCGCGCAUUACGGCCGAGUUCUGGCAGACGUGGAAGGAGUUCGAGAUUCGUCACGGCAACGAGGACACGAUGCGCGAGAUGUUGCGCAUCAAGCGAUCGAUCCAGGCCACGUACAACACGCAAAUCAACAUGAUGUCCGCGACGUUGAUCAACUCGGCGGUGACGGGAGCGGGCUCGUCGGAACCGAGGGAUGCGAUGCGCGCACUGGAGGCGAAGGCAGCGGAAACGUCGGCCCGGGCGAUCGCGGCCGUUGGGGCGAGCGGCGGCAACAUUAUGUUUGUGCGGGGUGAGACGCAGGGCGGGUCGAAGAACGCUGACAAGGUGGUCAAUCCGGACGAGAUCGACAUCGACGAGGAUGACGAGGAGGAAGAGGAUGAGGAAGAAGGGACCGAGGGUGAGGGUGGGGAAGCUGCGGAGGACGUUAGCAAGAAGAUGCCCAUUCAGAAGCAGGCGGUUCCGGCCAAGGUGUUUGGUAGUUUGCGACGCGAGGAGGAGGAGGAUGAGUAAAGUAGGUUGGGUGUUCUACUAAGAAUGAAGAAAUUGUGAACAAUACA